AUGGAAGAGAAAGCAAAGCGAGAAAAGAAUGUUUCACUUUCAAAUAUCUUUUUAUAUUUGAAAUUCAUUCGAAUUGCCGCUAGUACAACUUCAUCAAAUUCAUAUGGAUUAUGCAGCUUAUAUCAGCAACAAUAUGCUACAAUCAAUAAUGAGUUAUACUCCAAUAAUUGCAUCACUACUACCUCAUCCUAUAGUUCAAAUUCAUCUACCGUAUCAUCAUCGUUUACUACUCAAAGACCUCAAGCUAUUGUUACACCGAUGACUGCUACCAUAACCGUCAAUGAGCCUGUUGCUACUGUAAAUCAAGAAUCAAAAACGAAAGGAAUGGAUGACAAUAAAAGGAAAAAUAAUGGAAUGAUACCUGAUAUUAAAAAUAAUAAUACACCUGAAAAAGAAGAACAAAAACUAAAUAAUCAACAUUGUGUCCAAUGUUCUACGGCAAUUUCACAACUAAAUGCUAUUAGUAAUAACACUAGUAAUUAUAUUACUAGUAUUACUACUACUGGUAUCACUGGUAGUACCAAUACUACUGGUUGUAGUGAUAGUAGUAGUAGUAAUAAUUUUCGAAAUGUUUUGGAUCAUGAUAUAACAACAAUGAUCGAUGAUUCACAUCCGACAAUUAUCAAUUCCGAUUUGAUAGAAACAAAAAAAAUUGAAACCACUAAUAUAAAUAAUGAAAAUUCAUCAUUUCUAACAAUUAUCGACCAUUCUAUUGUAUCACCAACAAUAAGUCAAAGUUGCUUAUCACCAGUUAUUGAAGAUUCGAAUUCAUCAGGUGACAGAUGUUAUCUAACCACAGAUUCCAUCUCAACAAUUGCAUCCAUUUCGUCAUCGACCGGAAAUUCAAGUGCUUCCGAAACAACAAUUCGUUCUAUUGCACAAUCGGAUACUGUUUCAUCUUCCAUCGCUACUUCACACGUAUCAUCAACUAAAGGUGAACGUAUCCUACCAUCAAGCAAGUCUACUUCAUCAAUUUCACGUUCAUCAGGAACAACUCAACCACUAACUAAUCGAACCAUUACUGAUAAACGCCACUCUGUUUCUACACGUUCAACUAAUUUACAUGCAAUUGAAUCAUUGACAAAAUCAAAAUUAGCUACAAACACUGGAACGAGAGCGCCACGUACGGUAUUACAUCGUUCACCGAUCAAUCAUACAACGAUAAGUGGGAUUGGCUCAAAUGUGACCACUAAUAGUAAUAUUGUGGAAAAUAUGCGUAAGGUUCUUGAAAAUCGUUUGAAUAUAACAUUGCCAUCAGGACGAUCACAGUUGUCAGCUUCAUUAGCAGAUGGUGUUAAAUUAUGUAAUUUCGCUAAUCGGAUACGUUUACGUGCAGUGAAUAGUUUGUUUACACCAGUAUCCGAAGAGUUGCCGUUAUCACCACCAAAAUGUCGGCGUAAUGUUGACAGUUUCUUGGCAGCAUGUCGACGGAUCGGCGUUCCCGAGAAUUCAAUAUGCAGUUCUGCCGAUAUUUUGGAACGACGAAAUCUUCCACUGUUAGCAAAAACUGUUCUGGCUCUCAAUAAAUUUUGUUCAUCGAAUGCUAAUGCACGAACAACAGCAACAACAACAACAACAGUAACUAAUGCUACAACAACGAUAACAACAACAGCAAUGACAAAAACAGUUGUUCAACCUCAUGCUCAUACUAAUGUUUAA